AUGCCUGAUGUUCCGCAGCGUCUGUCCUCAACGGAGGAGCUGCACACUUCGAUUCCAUGUCGGUCAUUCCUAGAGAGGGGACUGAUUUGCCGUGCCCUCAUGUACUCGUACUGUACAUCCAUGUACUUAUUGUACUUGCUGGUUCGAAAUCUCAUUGUCGAGCACUUAGGUGAACUCAACACCGUCGAGAUAGUCAAUGCUAUUGAAUUGGACUUGCCAUCGACUCAUCACGGCAUGCGCCAAAAUCUCUCAAUUGUUUGA